CGGGGGGCGUGGCUUGUGUUUGAAAGGGGUCGGUUGGGACCUUUUUGGUGCUCAGUUCCCAGUGGCGCAAGUUUGCGGGCGCUUCAGAGCGAGCCAUGUCGUCGCCGCCUAAGGUUAAAGCCGAGACCCGGGCUGGACACCCUCCUGCUGUCAAGGCUGGUGGGAUGAGAAUUGUGCAGAAGCAUCCACAUGCUGCAGAUGCCAAAGAAGAGAAAGAUAAGGAUGAACAGGACUGGGAAAGUGGUACCAGUCCACCUAAACCGACGGUGUUCAUUUCAGGAGUUGUAGCAAGGGGUGAUAAAGAUUUCCCUCCAGCUGCAGCCCAGGUGGCUCAUCAGAAACCACAUCCCUCUGUGGAGAAGCUUCCUCCUGCACAACAUGUCAAACAGUACAUCCACCAGCCUCGCAAAUGAAUUGCCUGUCCAAGACCCAGCCAUCGUGUCUUGCGGAUUUGAAAGAUAUUUGUGUGACCAGAUCUUGUACAAAGUAUCACGUGCUUUUGCCUUAAUUGCCUAUAGUUAAUAAAAGGGGAAGGGGAGAGAAGAGGGGAGCAGAGAAUUUUUACUUCCAUUACCCCAGCUGAAAAGCAUGCUCCUCCAGUGUACUGCCAGUCAAAAAUGUUAGGUCCUAAAACUGUGAGACGGUGGGGAUAGCUUGAAAUCAAAGCAUUCCUUUGAUGAAUACUUAUUUUUAAUUUUUUAUUACUAUUUUUGGGUGCUACAGAAAUGUGGGACAUGGGGAGGCUAAAUCUUUCUCCUGUCAGUUUCUUAAUGCAGGCUUGUGAGAGGCAGACUUUUAUGGCAUUAUUGUGAUUUCUCUUUAAUUUUUAUGUUUUUCUAUUCCUCUUAAGCAUGUUUGAAGGCCAGAUGCUUCAUAAUUUUUAAAGUCAAAGAUAUGAAAGGACCAGAAAUCUUUCAGAUGUACAGAGAUCUCUUGCAAAGUGUAAAUCUUAAGGAAUUAAUGUUGUAAGCUCUUGUAACCUAGCCAAAGAUUAACUGUUUUCUUGGCCCAUACCUUAAUAAAAGUUUUCUGUAUUUUU